UUUCGUUUUCUUGUUGUCUCUCUUUCUCUAAUCGCUCUACAUAUCAUCCUUCAUCACUCAUUUAUGCUUCACUUGUUAACAUUCCUACAACUGAGAGAAAAAUGGGUAGAUCACCGUGCUGGGACAAGAUGGGUUUGAAGAAAGGGCCAUGGACAUCAGAAGAAGAUCAGAAACUUUUGGCUUAUAUUGACGAACAUGGAUAUGGAAGUUGGCGUUCAUUGCCUGAGAAAGCUGGUCUCCAUCGAUGCGGAAAAAGUUGCAGACUAAGAUGGACUAACUACCUAAGACCAGACAUCAAAAGAGGCAAAUUCAACUUGCAAGAAGAACAAACCAUUAUUCAACUCCACGCUCUCUUAGGAAACAGGUGGUCGGCGAUAGCGACUCAUUUGCCAAAGAGAACAGACAACGAGAUCAAGAACUACUGGAACACUCAUUUGAAGAAACGGUUAGUUAAAAUGGGGAUAGAUCCAGUGACUCAUAAACCCAAAAACGCGACUCCUCUGUCUUCUCUUGGUGGUAUAUCAAAAAACGCAGCCACACUUAGCCACAUGGCUCAAUGGGAAAGUGCUAGGCUUGAAGCUGAAGCAAGGCUAGCUAGAGAGUCAAAGCUUCUUCAUUACCAAACCAAAGUUUCAUCAUCUCAUCAUGAUCAUCUAAACAUCAUCUCUUCAGAUCAACAAAAACAAAAACAGCUUGAAUCUCCGACAUCUACAGUGUCAUUCUCGGAAACGAAAACAGAGUUCGUCGGAUCAUCAUCAACGUGUCUAAAUAUGAUCAAAGAAGCUGAAAACGAUUGGAUCAGUUCAACGAUUCAGGAGUUCGAAGGAGUCAAAGAAGGGCUCACGGGUCUCUUGCUAGGUGGUGAUUCAAUAGGCCGGAGUUUCUCCGCUGAUAAAAACGAGACGGCCGGCGAGAGUAGUAGUGGGGGUGGUGACUGUAACAAUUACUACGAGGACAACAAGAGCUAUUUGGACAGCAUUUUCAGCUUCGUGGAUCCUUCGCCGUCCGAUUCAACGCCUAUGUUCUGAAUCAAGGGCUGAUAUCUCUCGAGGAAUGUUUUUGAUUCUUUUUAGUUUCUCGUUAGUUUUUUUUUCAUGUGUGAUUAGAUAAAUUUUAGACUUAAUCCGAUUUUGCAUUUCUACCUUAAAUUAAUGUUUCAUUAAUAUUA